AUGGCAGAUUUGCACACUUUUUCUCACAUUGCCUUCACACCCAUUUUUAUGCUGCUGCUCUUCGUUGCCACUCUCCUCACUGCCCUUUCGCAGGACCCUAUCACCCCUGGUCCAAUCAUAGCUGACUGCAGUCCACGCCUGGUGGCACUGAUUCCAUGUGCACCAUUUGUGCAGGGCACAGCUCAGAUACCGCCACAGUCCUGCUGUGACAACCUCAAUCAGCUCUACAGCCAGCAACCUGGUUGUCUUUGUCUCUUGUUCAAUGACACCAACUUGAGUGCUUUUCCUAUUAACAGGACACUUGCUCUGCAGUUACCUAUUCUUUGCAGGGUCCAAGCUAACACUUCUGCUUGCUCAGGGGUGCCUUCACCUCCUGGUUCUCAGGUUUCUCUUGGGGAAAAUCACAACUCUUCUGUUGCUGCUUCUUCCCCCAUGGUGAACCCAAUUGUUCCAGUGGCACCAAAACCAACCAUCAUGGGGUUGGGGUUUGGCCGGAGCAAUGCUGGAAGAUUGAAGACACAAGGUCUCUUACCAAUGGUGACUGUUGUAGUUCUGUUUUCAAGACUGGCACUGCAAUAUUGA